AUGUGCACGCUUCCAGAUGAUCACCUAUUCUUUGAGAGAGUUGUGUCCUUCUCUCAUAUGCGCCCGGCGUUUCCCGUGAGUCGGUCGAAUUUUCCUACAGCCGUGGCGUUUGCACGACGUGGGCAUUCAGCAAGUAACGCGCCUCCUCCUCACUCCUACGCUGCCUAUUGUGCCGUCACCGGAGAGCGCUAUUCACACCAACUGGAGAGAGAACUCUUCUACUUUGCCCGUCAGAUGAAGUUCACUUCAUCAUUCUGGAUCACGGAGAAGCGGAGAAGACAGGAGGGGAUACGGCUGCGCUCGACCGGUGAAAUACCCUUCUGUCACCGUUCAGCACUGGAUCAGAGUCAUGCUUUCAACGUCAUGAAUGCGGCUUAUGUAGAGGACACAGACUUGUUUUUUUUCUUUACGCUGCGCCCACUCCCAGUGCGUGGCAUUUCUCAUGGUGUGCAUUGGGUGCAUACUGAAGGUCAGUGGCGAGCAUUCGCAGACACCGAUCCCCUGUAUCCCUGUCUGUCAAAACUGAUGGCACACAUCCGACAUCUUCUGCUGCGUAACUCAUCCGUCAGACACGUCUCUUCAAACCUGCGUUCACCGCGGCUGCCAGCCGAACGUGUGGGAAUUGGUGUGAAGAGCCGAACACACGAACUGAUACUUCCACACGCCACUUCCAGUGGACGUUAUCCGGAAUUUUUUUGGUUUGAUCCCACUGCUGUUCAUUCACACCGCUUCGCCCUGUUCGCAGACGCUGUGUGGCUUCCGCUAAGCAGUGCGCUGAUGAGUCCCACAUGUAUGUACAACAUGGAUCAGGUUGUGCCAUUCCAUGAAGCGAAGAGUACUGCUUUUCCCAUCAGUCCCUGA